CAGAAAAGAGGAGAAAGGGGAGAAGAGUUAAUGUUGAGCAAGGGCUCUUGCGGGUCGUGCCGUCAGGUUGUGUUUUGUAUGUGGCUGCCUGUUCAAGUGCUGUGCAGUGGUCUGGGUUUAUGGAUCCGUUGACUGUGGAAAAUGCACUUCUCUGUAGUGGUCCUUGUCGUGACUAAGGCUCUGGUCACAGUGGUAUGUCACGCUCUGAACGUGACCGUGACCCCCGGACCCGUUGUCACGGUGACGGAGAGGGACAACCUGACGCUGUCCUGCCUGGUGUCUCAGAGGAAGAGGAGCAGCAGCACGCUCAUCCUCCGCUGGUUCGUCUCUCCCCUGGCGGCGCCUGCGCCCUCCCCCGCGGCCUCCCCCGCUCCUCCUGCCCCCGCGCCCGCGCAGUUCCUCAUCGCCAGGCUGGGCAUGAAGAAAGUGAAGCUGUACGGGAACUACACCCGCGGCUUCCCGCAGCCCAAGUUCCGCCUGUACGAGGAGACGGAGGGGGAGGCGUACGGGCUGCGGAUCGUCAACGUGACGGGGGCCGACCAGGGCCUCUACACCUGCAGAGUGCAGGAGAUCCGCCAGUACAGAAACACGUGGAGGGCGGCGUCCAACGGCACCAGCGCCACACAACUCACAGUGCACUUUACGCUUGAGGAAGGUGGCGGUGAAAGAUUGUGGCAUCUGUUUGCAGACGUGUACCUGUGUGCUGUACUCAUCUGUUCACUGGGUCUGCUCUCCAUCUUCCUGUUCACUCUGGUUCUCACCUGCCAGUACUUUUACAGAAGACACAGACUCAAGGCCAGUUACCUUCUGGUCAAGUGUCCAGAAAGCAGCUCAGGGGAGACUGUAACCAGCUCCAGCAGUUCAUCCAGUUCCUCCCCAAAAGUUCAAAAGAGAGAGAAAAGGCUGAAACCUGACAGACGAGCAACAGCAACACCACCUAAACCACCUGAAGAUCCACUGCCUCACAUACCAGCCAAAGUGCCUGUUGCUGCAAAGCCGCCUCAGAAGCCUCGAAGGUUAAAGACUCAGACAAGGAGAUCUGCUGCUCCUCGGGUGUCACUGGAGGACAGUCUGACAUAUGCAGAACUGGAGCUAGUCAGACCCAGACCGGAGCCCCCAGCCUGCUCCAGCCUUGAUCCCACACCCUCCUGCCCAGACACGGUGUAUGCUCAGAUCCUCUUCCAAGAGAAACAGCUAUAAACGCAGCAGCUGAGCACCUCCUGGUGAGGGCAGAGGUUCAGCUCUCCAAACUGGACUGAGUGGCACACAAAGGACUGUAUUUAUGAACUAUUCGUAUGGCAUUUAGCAUUUGUUGUUGGCAAAUGAGGGUUUUGUGUUUUGCCUGCGUGGUUCCAUUCCAGCGCAGCAGAUUUUUAGACCUUGUAAGUCUGUUGUUUGUUUGCUGCCAUCGUUGGCCUGGGAGCCAGAUGUUUAUAGGACCGCUUUUACUGUUAACUGUAUAAACUCAGGAGACUGUGUGGAAAGAAACUCAUGUCCAGGUUUGUUACUGCAGUGUCGUAAGGCACUGUCACACUCAGCUUUAAUACAUUAAUAAUUACAGUACUAAUACUUCAAAUGAAUAAAUAAAUAACUGAGUCUGACUUA